AUGGCUCUCCUCUCUCUCAACUACGAUGUGCUCUCCGCGAUCGUGGAACAGACCGACUCGGGCUCGGCGCUCAAGCUGUCGAUGGCUUCUCGCGGAGCGUACGCCCUUGGAAUCGCCCAAGCCCUCGCUAGCGUCACCCUGUCUCGUUCCCAACUGCAACUUUCCGCUUUCUGCAAUUACAUACUGGCGGAGCCUAGCCGGAUAACCCAUCUUCGAGAGCUCACCAUCGAGAGCCCCGCAUUCGGUGUUGCACGCCACAUCGAGUUCCAGCGCACCGCCGACUUCUCUGCCGCUGCAGAGCUGGCCGACGUGUUGGAGAGAGCCCACCGCCUGCAGCACCUCUCCAUCGCGUGUUUCGAGGGUCUCAUCGCGAGCGAGCCACGCAUAGGCGAUGCCAUCUGCGCGUUACCGGACCUUGUGGAGAUCAGUCUUCACAACUGCGGCCGAUUGGCGAUGGGCGUUCUGUCUCGCCUGCGGAGUCCCCUGCGCAAGGUCAAAUUCACCGCUCUAUUCAAUAGGAAGCUCCCUACCUUCUUCCACCGACUGCAAUCUCUGGAUCGCCUCGAGACGCUAGAACUCGCCCAUCUGGACCUGUCAGAUGGGAGCCAGCCACACGGCGAGGUCCACGAACUUCCCCACAUGCCUUCCUUGCGUUCUCUAUCCUUGCGAGGGAGCACAGCGCGUAUGUCGCUGUUCGUACGCGCGAUGCCGAACCUCCAGCGCUUGCGUCUCGCCGACGUGUUCAGCAAAGCACAGGGAGGGCCGGGAGGUCAAAAGAAAGAAUGCUGGGCACGUUUGGCUUACCUCAAAGGAAACGUUCCCGACCUGCAGCAAUGGGACUCGACAUCAUUCGCCGCACAGCGCCCACCGUUUGUCUUUGCCGGUGGAGACAAAGACGAGGGUAAGAUCCGCAAGCUGUCGUGGUGGUUGGACCAUAUCCCUUAUUUGCUUCGAACGCUAUCAAUUGCGUCAAUCUUCAUCUCUGUAAGAUAUACGCAAAGGCCAGGUGAAGAAGACUCCGAGCCUGCCGAUGUCAGGAGUGAUAGUACUUGCCGGACGAUACGGGAACGCGUAGCAGUGGCGAUUCCCGCUCUCAAGUACGUCGCUGUCGCCAUCGCGACGAGAGGGGAGGAUCCCUUCGACGAGCAGCAGAAGGCCCUGGCAUGGUGGCAGAUCACUAGGGUGUCUGGGAUGACAAGCCUCAAUGUCGUCCCGUACGAGAAAAGCGCCUCUCUGCGAGAUCAUCUGGUGAACAUGAACUAUUGA